AUGGUCAACAAGGGGAUUCCAAAGCACGAGAAGAUACCAAAGAACCUAUGCACACAGCUAGCUGUUGCAGUGAGAAGCAUUCAGUGGAGCUAUGGGAUCUUCUGGGCACCUUCCACCACUGAAGAAAGGGUGCUGGAAUGGAGGGAAGGGUACUACAAUGGAGACAUUAAGACAAGAAAGACAGUUCAAGCCAUGGAAUUGGAAAUGAAGCCUGAUAAAAUAGGCCUGCAGAGGAGUGAGCAACUGAAGGAACUAUACAAGUUUCUUCUUGCAGGUGAAGCUGAUCCACACACCAAAAGGCCUUCUGCUGCAUUAGCUCCAGAAGACCUCUCAGAUUUGGAGUGGUAUUACUUGGUUUGCAUGUCCUUUGUUUUCAAUCACAAUCAAAGUUUGCCUGGAAGAGCACUGGAAACUGGUGACACAAUCUGGUUAUGCGAUGCUCAACACGCAGACAGUAAAAUUUUCUCUCGUUCUUUGCUAGCAAAGACCGUGGUAUGUUUUCCCUAUCAGAAAGGUGUUAUUGAGAUAGGCACAACUGAACUGGUUACUGAGGACCCUAAUCUCAUUCAACAUGUCAAGGCUUGCUUCUUAGAAAUCUCAAAGCCUACAUGCUCUGAUAAAUCUUCCUCUGUGCUUGAUAAGCCUCAUGAUGACAAAUAUCCCACAUGUACCAAGGGUGACCACAGGGUGUUGGAUACAAUGGCUUUGGAAAAUCCAUGUUCCCUUGAAGAAAAAAUCAAAUUUGAUCAUGAUCCCAUCAAUGAAUUACAAGAUGAUAACAAUGAAGAUUCUCACAUGGAUUCUCCCGAUGGUUGUGAGCACCAUUACCCUAUGAAAUCCAUGAUUGAGGGUAUCAAUGGUGUGCCCUCUCAAGUUCAUUUUGUGAAUGAUGCCUUAGUCAUUGGUGCUCCUGAUUCCCUGAGUUCCUGUGAUUGUAUGUCUGAAGCUUCUGAGAACCAAGGCAAGGAUUCCAAGAAUGAAGGCCAAACUAAACUUAUGGAACUUCAAGAUUGCUAUAAACCAAAGAGAAGCUUCUUGGAUGCUGGAGCUGAUGAAGACUUGUGCUACAUUAGAACCCUUUGUUCUAUUUUGGGAAAUUCAUCAACUUUUAAACCAAACCCUUAUACCAGCAAAUCAAAUUGCAAAUCUAGUUUUGCAAAAUGGAGGAAAGGGAGAGUUUCUGAAAGGAAGAGGUCAAAGUUUCACCAAAGCAUGUUAAAGAAGACUUUGUUUAAGGUCCCCUUUAUGCACAGAAGUUACUUUUCUCUCAAGUCACAGAAAGAGAAUAGCAGAAUGGAAUGGACUAGUAAAUUGGAAAAUGCUGAUAAUGGUUUCAUGGGGAAAACAUUCUCUGAUAAGAAAAGAGAAACUAAAAACUUUCAGGCUGUCAAAUCUUUGGCUCCAUCUUUUAUAAGUGAGGAGGAGAAGAUUUCAAUUCUUGGGGACACAAUCAAGUACUUGAAAAAGCUUGAGACUAGAGUGGAAGAGUUAGAAUCUUACAUGGAAGUUGCAGAUCCUGAAGCAAGAACCAGAAGAAAAUGCCCUGAUGUUCUAGAACAGAUGUCAGAUAACUACGGAACCAGAAAAAUUUGCAUGGGAAUGAAACCUUGGAUGAGCAAGAGAAAGGCAAGUGUUAUUGAUGAGAUAGACACAGAGCUAGAAAGAAUUGUUUCUGAAGAAGCAAAGGCUUUGGAUGUGAAAGUCAAUGUGAAGGAGCAAGAGGUUCUUAUUGAGAUGAAAUGUCCUUACAGGGAAUACAUACUCUAUGAUAUCAUGGAUACCAUUAACAACCUACAUUUAGAUGCUCACACAGUUGAAUCAUCAACAAGUGAUGGUGUUCUCUCAUUGACACUUAAAUCUAAGUUUCGUGGAGCAGCAACAGCACCAAUGAGGAUGAUCAAAGAAGCACUAUGGAAAGCAUCUGGAAAUAUUUGA